ACACCUUGGACUUCGCUCCCGCCACUGGCUGCGCAGUUGCUGUCACUUUGUCCCCGUGCUCUGCCUUGGAUGUCACCCUUAGCUAUGCAGAAGAGAUCUCACUGCCUGGUAAAGCAUGUUGCGUUUCCUGCUGGCUACGCUAAGGGUAGCGCUCCCAGUGAACCUUGUUGGCCUAAGGGCCCUUAUCACCUCGCCUGGCUAUCCAGGACCCCCUCUUGACUAUAUUUUGCACUUUGGGAGCCACACAUUAAGGGGAAGGGGUUGGUUCUGUAAUGGUAGCCCCAAUGGGCUAAUCACAUGUCACUAAUCACACUCACCUGUGUCUCGUUAUACCUUGUUAGUACCACUAGUUAAGUUCUAGUUUUUAAGUGUUUCACCAUCAAUUUUUUGUGGCUUCUGUAAUGGUUGUAGUUGUUGUCUGUUAUCGUGUAUGCCACAGUAUUGCUUAUAGCCUGUAUGUUCUUUUCUUCCUGUCGCUUAUCCGACAUUUCUGCGAAAACCUCAGAGACUGCUGUGUAGACCUGCGGGGAUCAAUUUUAACAAUUUGUCAGCAUUCAAGCGCGCGGAGGUUGUUCCAGAUUCACCUGCUCCCUCGCGUCUGCUGAAAUCGGCACUGUUUAAUGCACGCUCUGUCAACAACAAAGCUGUGAUUUUAUCGGACAUCAUUACAGAACAAAAACUGGAUAUUGUGUGCUUGACAGAAACAUGGCACAAAGACUCUGAUGCUCUUCUUUUUAAUGAACUGACUCCCGACGGCUAUGGAUUAUUUGAUUACCCGAGAUCCUCGGGUAGAGGUGUGUUGCAUAAUCAACAAUACAACAUGAGUCCCGUGGCUGUUCCUCAGUUUAAUUCAUUUGAAUGCCUGGUUUUGAGUGUGUCUGCGCCCCUCUCUACUGCCAUAGCGACAGUUUACAGGCCUCCUAAGACAAAUAAAGAUUUCCUAUCAGAAUUUGCAGAUAUGUUGUCUUUGCUGUGCUUUAAAUUUGACAGAAUCCUUAUUUUGGGGGAUUUUAACAUCCACAUGGACAUAAAAGACUCAACAACAACAAGAGACUUUCUGUCUUUACUGGAGUGCUUUGAGUUAAACCAACUCGUGGACUGUCCUACACAUGACAAAGGCCACACUUUAGACCUUGUGAUUCUCAAUGGUUCAUUUGUGUCUCAGCUGUCAACCACUGAUUUAGGGCUGUCUUAUCACCGGGCUAUUUUUUUUAAUAUGGAACUUCCAGACAAAAUCUCUUCUUCUUCUCGCAUUAUUACAUAUCGUAAAUGGAGAUCUAUUGUACCCACAGAUUUAUCUGAUUUUAUUGCCUCUUCCUUAAGCUGUGUGUCUCCAUCUGACGCACUGGAUGAUAGAAUUUCUAUGCUGAAUUCUAUCCUCAUAUCUGGCCUGGACAUGCUCGCUCCCUGUAAAUCACGAUCUGUGUCUUUUGUACGCUCAGCUCCUUGGUAUAAUGAGGAUCUGCGUGUGAUGAAGGCAGUGUGUCGUAAAAUGGAACGUAGAUGGCGUAUGUCAGGUUUAACUGUUCAUCACCAGGCCUGGAAAGACAGCUUACUUGAAUAUAAGGCUGAAAUUGUGUCAGCUAGGUCUGUCUAUUUUCACAGUUAAUUGUCAGCAAUCAGGGUAACCCUAAACAAUUGUUUAACUCAAUUAUCACUACUCAUACUUCGUCUGCUUCUCCCUUAAACCUUUCUGAAUUUUCUGGUACCGCUUUCUCACAUUUUUCAACUCUGGACUCCCAGUCUCUCUGUAAUGUGGUUUCAAAAAUGAAGGCUACCACUUCCAUUGUUGAUCCUCUACCAACUUGUCUUUUCCAAUCAUGUUUUGAUUCCUUAUGUUCUGUUGUUCUGAGUAUCAUAAAUGACUCCCUGUGCACUGGUGUUGUGCCAGCAGCACUUAAAAUUGCUGCUGUCACACCUGUACCAAAAACAAACAACGCAGAUUUUGAUAACCUAAAUAAUUUCCGUCCCAUUUCCAAUCUUCCCUUCUUUGCCAAAAUUUUAGAACAAAUUGUUGCUUCUCAACUGCUGUCAACUGCUUCUCAACUUCUAUCUUACUGACAAUGACCUUUUUGAGCCUCUCCAAUCUGGUUUCCGUAAACUCCACAGCACUGAAACUGCUUUAGUUAAGGUCACUAAUGACUUGUUAAUUGCCUCUGACUCUGGUUGUCUAUCAAUACUAAUUCUUCUUGAUCUCAGUGCUGCUUUUGACACUGUAGAUCACUCUAUUUUAAUCAAUCGUUUAGAGACUGUUUUUGGUGUCUCUGAUUGUGCAUUAAACUGGUUUAAGUCCUAUCUUUUAAAUCGCAAGCAGUUUGUUUUUAUGGGUAGUUGCAGGUCUGAGGUUGGUGUGGUCCGGUCUGGUGUCCCCCAGGGAUCAGUUUUGGGCCCUUUACUUUUUAGCAUAUACAUUUUUCCAUUUGGUCAACUUCUAAGAACACUUGGUCUUAACUUUCACUUUUAUGCAGACGACAAUCAGAUUUAUAUACAUUCAAAACCUGAUGUUAAUGCAGCUGUGCCUUUUCUCUCUCAAUGUAUCUCUGAGAUUAAAUAAUGGAUGUCGGAAAAUUUCCUUCGUCUAAACAGUGACAAGACUGAAGUGAUGCUUAUUGGUUCACCUCACCACUUACGCAAAGCUGAGCCUCUAACCUUAAGUGUGGACGGCUCUGUUUUACAAUUUCAAACUAAAUUAAAAAACUUGGGGGUGAUAUUUGAUCCUAAUUUAACAUUUGAUCCUCAUGUUCGAAACACUGUCAAAACAUCUUUUUUUCAUCUCAGAAACAUUGCUAGAUUACGCCCUAUGCUGACAUUCUCGGUGGCUGAAAAGUUAAUCAAUACUUUUGUUUUUACCCGCAUUGACUAUUGUAAUGCUUUGCUGGCUGGAGUGUCAAAAGCUACUGUAAGUAAGUUACAGUUGGUACAAAACUCUGCUGCUAGAAUCCUGACUAGGACCAGUGCAAGGGAUCACAUCACACCUAUUCUGGAAGCCUGGCACUGGCUUCCUGUUAGGUUUCGUAUUGAUUUUAAAAUUCGGAUGCUUACUUAUAAGGCCCUGAAUGGUUUGGCUCCUCAAUAUUUGUCUAAGCUGUUAACCCCCUACAUACCAGCAUGUGUUCUCCGCUCUUCCGAAGCUGGUCUUUUAACUGUACCAUCAACUCGUCUUAGAACUAUGGGUGAUGGGGCUUUCUCUUCAUUGGCUCCAAAACUGUGGAAUUCCCUGCCCUCUGAGAUUAGAAGUGCAGCAUCUCUUAGUGUCUCUUCUCUUAAAACAUACUUUUUUGGGGUAGCUUUUCCAUGUGAUUAAUUUGCUGUUAUUUAUACUGGCUCUGUUAAGAAUGAUUCUUAUUUCUAUCUUUGUAUUUUAUCUCUGUUUGUAUUUUAUUUUAUUGUAUCAUUUUAAUUUGUAUUUCAGUGUAUUUUAAUUUAUGUAAAGCGCUUUGAGAUGCUAAUUUAAAAGCGCUACAUAAAAUAAAGUUUAUUAUUAUUAUUAUAUUCCUAUCCACAGUUCAUUUUUAUGGUUCUUCUUUUCACAGUUUUGCUUGUUUUGUUUUGUUUGUACUUUAUACAAUAAUUAUUAGCACUUGCAUCCGCCUCCCUCUACCACUCCUGCCAGGGACCAAUGAGCUCAAGCAUACUGAAUUAUAUAAACACCAUGAAACUUUUCCCAAGACCAGUUUUUACCCCUUUGGCAGAAGAAGUGUACUGGAUCCCUUAUACAGCAUUACAACAUUAUUGCAGAAGAACUCUACAGUAUUGGAACACUGGAAGUACAGUUCUAGUCUCACUUUAAGUACUAUUAUAAUGUCACUUUAAUGAUUUUGGACACUUUAAAUAACAACUUGAAAGACUACUGGACAACAGAGUGAUAAUUCUUUAUUGAAGAUAACAUUUUACAAUAACUUUAAACUACUAAGCAGAGAGGAAAAUGGCUCAAAAUGUUUCCAGAAAAACAAUCAGUGAAUUUGUUAUUACAGGAUUUGACCAUUUUGAAAAACCAAUGAUUCUUGGAAUUGCCAUACUUACUGUAUAUAUUCUAAUAAUGCUUGGUAACCUUGCAAAUAUAUGCUUCAUUGUUAUGGAUAAACGUCUGCACCAGCCAAUGUAUCUCUUCAUCUGCAAUUUAGCAAUCGUAGACAUGCUGUACUGUACAUGUUCAUGUCCAACUAUGAUAGGGAACCUUUUAAUUGGUUUUAAAACCAUUUCUUAUGUACCAUGCAUUAUUCAGAUGUUCGUUUUUGGUUUAGGUUUUGUGAUGGAGGUGUUUACAAUUUCUGUCAUGGCUUUUGACAGAUUACUUGCCAUAAUCAAACCUCUGCACUACCAUUCUAUUCUGACAAAUGUACGUUCUGUUAUUCUCACUUUCUCGCUGUGGAUUCUUGGUUCUGCUACAAUAGCUGUCGUGCCUGGAACUGUUCUUCCGCUACCAUUUUGUUACACUACACUUAAAUUCAUAUUUUGUGACUAUGGAUCUGUUGUCAGAGCUACUUGUGUAGAUCCUAACCCAUACUUUGAUUUGAUGGCAAUUUUAACUUUCUUUCUGCUGUUUGGAACAUUCAGUUUCAUCUGUGGCUCUUACAUAAUGAUAGUUACUGUCGUUGUCAAAAUGACCUCAAAGGGUAGCAAGAAAAAAGUGUUCAACACAUGCUUUAGUCAUUUGAUAGUUGUAGUGUGCUAUUAUGGCCCUACUUUUCUUAUAACCAUUUUAACUAGGACAGGUAUAGUUCUGACAACAGAGGAGCGACAUGGGUUCAGAAUUGGCACAAUUCUUGGUCCAUCCUUAGUAAAUCCUUUCAUAUAUUCUUUUAGAACCAAAGAGAUCAGAAAGAAAAUCUUGCGAAUUGUGUCUAAAGUUGCACCAACCAAAGAAUAAUGUGGGGAUAAAUAUGCUGUUUUGACUUCUUUUCACAUUUACAUAAAGAGUGAGUAAAGGCUCAUAG